AAAAAAAAAAAAGUACACAGAAACGAGAUCGCGAAGAGAAAAAAAUGCUUCAGAUCCGGCUGAGUAAGGGUCCGUCGUCGGACGGUGGCGGCGGUCCGGCGAGAUCCGCGCCGCCACUGGAGACGGUGACGGUGGCGUGCCCGGAACACCUCGUGAUUGCUGAUCUUCCUGUCGCGAAGAGCGUAGGUGUCCUCACCACCGCUUUUGCUUCCUCCGGCCGCAACAUGGGCCGCAGAUCGCGCCGCCAACUUGGAGAUAGGAUUCACUUGUGUGUCCGCUGCGAUUUCCCAAUCGCCAUUUAUGGCCGCCUUAUCCCUUGUGAACAUGCUUUUUGUUUAGCUUGUGCUCGGAGUGAUCCUAGCUGUUACCUGUAAGCUUUCUUUCACUUUUCC